AUGACCCAGAGGGUUGAUGAUUUCGAGGGCGAUGACAAGCGAUAUAUCGCGUACCUGGAAGGAGAGAUCAGACGAUUGAGACAGAGCCCAAAUACGGAAGACAAUCAACUAAGACCACAACCUUCCUCCAAGGAAUCGCCACCUACAAGUCCGGCAUGGAGACGUCACGCGGAUGCACUAAUAAAAAGGACACCACCCGCUCUGGCGUGGUGGUCCGCUCUACGGAGCGAAGGCAUCUACGAUGUCAUGUAUGAUGGAGUGGCAGUUGCCUUCCUUCUCGGCGAGAGAAGCACUCCCGCAACGGCCAACCACGCCAGCACGAUCUGCGAUGAAAGUAUGACCGGUGACGAGCUUGCGCUUCUCCGACACGUUGCACAUUACGCUGCUACCGCGACUCAAAGGCGACUUACGGCAUCGGUCGCAACUCGGCUCGUCAAUUUUCAGCUCGUUCUUGUACUCUCCGCCUGCGCGGUCAUACGAGCUGUCGCCCAGCCAACAGUCUCCGAACACCAUAUACUCGGCAUCGUUAAGAUUUGCCUAGGAGACAUCUCCGACCAGUAUUGCCGCCGCAUGAUGGACACCGCCGUAUAUGUUAACAAACUGAUCGACUUACUCAACGCGCAUGGAUGGGACGGUCGGGGGGCCGAACUUUUGCUCUGGUGGAACCGGGCCCCGUCGUUCUACUACAGCUUGUCUCGUUCGUCGAAAGAGAGCCUCGAGUACCUCUCGAAUGAGUUGACGAAGCCAGAGUUCACACAGAAUGUGGGCGUUCCUUCAGAAUGGACGCCCUUCUUUCUACCUGGACUGGUUUCACAGAUCACACAGAAGGAGUACCAGUAA